CUUUUCAGCAUCUGAAUCCCAGAGGGCAGAGAGAUUGAUUGAAAGUUGAGAGAGAGGGAGAUAUAGAGAAAUGGGUAGUCGAUUUUGGAGUGGCGGGGUUAAGAAAUUGGUGAAUGUUGGGAUUUACAGAGGGGAAACAUUGGCAUCAUCUAGGUAUUUUUCUACUUUGUAUCAUACAAUAGAAGCAGUACCAAGAGAAUAUACAGGAAACAAAAUAGCAGCAAAAGAUAGAGCACAAGGAAGAAUACCAACAGUAGUAUUUGCUAAAGAUCAGAGUGAUCCAAACAAACCCGUUUCAAAGAAACUACUAUUGACUACUGAGAGAAAACAAAUCAAAUCAAUUCUCGAAACUGUUGAGCUUCCAUUCUUUUGUUCUACUCGGUUUAAGCUUCAGAUUCGUGCUGGUUCUGGGUCUUCUCAUACUCUUGAUUCUGGAACUGUUCUUCCCAUCAAGGUUCAUAGGGAUCCUGAGACCGGAAGAAUCUUGAAUUUGGUAUUGCUGUGGGCAGAAGAUGGAGUUAAGGGUUUUAAAGUUAAUAUUCCUCUUGUUUUCAAAGGAGAGGACAUUUCCCCUGGACUUAAGAAAGGAGGACAUCUGCAAAGACUAGAGACUCAUCUUAGAUGUGAAUGUGCAGCUGAGCUCAUUCCUCCAAAAAUUGAAGUGGACAUAAGCAAGCUAGAUAUUGGAUACAAACUUCAUUUGAAGGAUAUCGGUGUUAGUCCGUCGUUGAAGGUUUUGACUAAGAUGGAGAACUUGCCCAUCUGUAAGGUCAUUUCAGCCACGAAGAUGGAAGCAAACAAGUUGAAAAUGGAAGCAAACAAGUUGAAAAAGGAAGCGAAGAAGUUGAAACAGGAAACAACUGUGUUAAAAGAGGCAGAUCCUGCAGUAAUCUAGAGAAUGCUGAAUUUUGCAGUCAACGUAAGCAUCUCUAUCAUCCUUAACUAGUAAGUAGAACUCUUUUCUUCAAUAUAUAUUUGGGGGUUGUUGGUCUCCUUGUUCAAACAUAAAAGUAUAAGUUAGCAUGGAAUUUUGUGAGCACCUAUAAUGUUCUUUUUUUCCUUUUGGUUGACUAUCCAUACUGUCAUUCUGCAUCUUUUUAUACGUCAUCUUUAAAAUGGACUGUCUCCGCUUUAGUUGUGGCUUGUAAUAUCAGCACACACAAACUUCUCUGUAGUCUGUACUCCUUAUUCUUAUAGAUGUUUGUCAUGCCAUUCUAGAUAAAA